GCGCAUGCGCAUCAAUGGCAGCAACAGUUUCGUUUUUACAUGACUUCACAACCACUUUUCUUGUAUUUGGAAUUAUUUGCGUCUACUAAUAGAUGGACAGCUCGGUUGUUAUAUUCUCUGAUCAACAAUUACAGCAAUAUUUGGGCUUCCUCAGUAAGUGUAUGACUGGGAUUUUAGUUCAAAGGAUGUCCAACUGCUUGUACCGAUCCCGCACAAUCACAGCGUAUGAAUCACAGGUUAUCACAUCGCAGGCCACAGACAUGCAGAAAGCCUCCAAGAUGAUGCAGAUUGUCAUUAAAAAAGGUCAACAUGCAUGCAGCUCAUUCCUCAAAUGCCUCGGAAUUUGUGACCCGGCGUUGUAUGAGAAUGUUACAGGAUGUCCAGCACAAUUUGGUCUUGAGGACCAUCAACAGAUGGAGGGAAUUCCUUUCUCAGAAAAAAUGCAAUUUACACCUUGUAUUAUUAACAUACAAAACUCUUCCCUGACCAACUGCAUUAUUGGGAACAACAAUAGCCAAUGCAUUACCUGUGACCAGCAAUCUUUGCUUGCUCGGAAUGAUGCAAUCAAAGUGGAUGAAAUGGCUGCCACUCAGAGCAAUGAUGAACUGAUCCCAGUGCCGGAAACAAUAAGUGGCAACAUCAUUCACAUGGAGAGAUCCAACAUAGAGUAUGUCAUUUUAGGGGAUCACAACAGUAUGACAGUCACUGAGUUUUUGAAUUCAGAGGAUGAGGAGGAUACAGAGACUGAUCCUGAUGUGAUCGGUUAAAAGAUGUGAAAUAGUGGGCAAGAGGGAAGAUCUAGUUACUGGGUUGUGAUCUGGAGGGAGGGGGGCACAGUGAUCAAGAUGGCCGGGCCAGGUCCCCUCGUGCUGCAGACGCUGGCAGUUAGUCAACUCAGGCCUGAAUGAGGCCAGAACCCAAGACCCAUGAUUGUACACAGCAGCAUACUAUGUGCUUUCAAUUGACCAAUGCUCAGGUGCUCAUCUGGUGCUGCCAAACACACUGAAAUAUUAUCCUUCAUCAUGGAUUUUUCUAAACUUGUGUGCCUUGAAGUGGCCAUUAUAUUUGAUGCUGCCUUGUUUACUACUGAAUAUGACUGCUACUGACUGUUUCUCAUGUUUUAAUGGGUAUAUUAGUAUUUAUUUGUUGAACAGACAUGUUUAAAAAUAAAUAUGUUGGCUGGCAUUUUAAUACAUUUGUGCAUCUGUUUCAUUUGUUUUCUAUAAGCUUCUAUGUAACUAUUACGAUUGAUGUUCUGAUGUUUAAAUAGUUAUUCUGUAAUCAUUUCUCAAUGUAUUCAUGUAGGUCUGGAUUUGUCUUGUGGGAAUUGCUUAUGAUUUUAUUUAUGUUACUAGGUGAUUAAAACCUGAGAUACUGUAAAAAGGCAUUUUUUAUGAAGAAGGUGACACAUUUGUCAUUUUGGAGCAAUAUUUUGAAAUAAAUGUAUUUGAAAAAAGCGA